AUGGAUGGGACUCAGUUUACUAGACAAAUGGUUGAGGACAUGCAACAGUGGAUAAUGACCUCACAUGGUGGGGCUCAACCCCAAGCUAGUGGGGUUGGGUUUAGAGCCAUCACUGCUAUGAGGGAGUUUCGACGAAUGGAUCCGCCUGAAUUUCAUGGUGAAGCCGAUCCAUUGUUUGCAGAGGAUUGGAUGGAGCAAGUCACGAACAUCUUAGAUACUAUCAGGGUGCAUGAGGAUGAGUUGAGGGAAGCAUGCAUAGCUUUAGGAUUGAGCCAAGCAUCUUCCCCAUGGUUUGCAGCAGCUUUUUCUGCUUCUACCAGGUCCAUCGGUCGGCUGAUAGCAGAAAUCGGUCGACCGAUGAGUGUCCACAGUGUUUUUCCCGAGAGUUGCAUUCUUAAAAGGGCGUUUCGGUCAGCUGAAGUGAUUGCUACGGAAGAGUAUAAGUGCAAGCAUUUUGAAAAGGGACUUAGGCUUGGUAUCAGGGAUAGGAAUAUACCACAGGAGCUGCGUAAUUAUUCGACACUAGUUCAGAGGGUUAUGCCAGUUGAGGAAAGCUUGCGAGACACCAAGAGGAUCUUGGAGUCCAGAUCUCAGUCUGGGGGUUCCAGCUCACAGCCUGGGGAUCGCCCUAUGAAGAGGCAGAGGGAGGAUAAUGCACAUUCUCAAGGACAGCGCCAGACACAAUCAGCACCACAAAUGUCUUUUCUAGGGAGGUCUUCACAGGGACAGAUAAUGUGCCACGAGUGUUAUCAGAGGGAAGUGGAGUUCUCUAUAGAUGUCAUACUUGGUAUUGUGCCUAUCUCUAUUGCGCCAUACCGUAUUGCACAGGCAGAGUUGAAGGAGUUGAAGAAACUGAGGUCAGGGUAUUAUCAGUUGGGGGUCAAGAAGGAGGAUGUUUCUAAGACCACUUUUCGCACACGGUAUGGGCAUUAUGAGUUCCUGGUGAUGCCAUUCGGUUUAACAAAUUCACCAACAGCAUUCAUGGACUUGAUGAACCAUGUCUUCAAUGUUAUGGUAUUUGUGGAUGAUAUCCUAGUGUACUCAUCAUUAGAGGAGGAGCAUAAGGGUCACUUGAGGAUUGUGUUACAGACUUUGAGGAAGCAUAAGCUCUAUGCAAAAUAUGAGAAGUGUGAAUUUCGGCUACCGGAGGUGAAAUUCCUUGGACAUGUAGUGUCUGAGGAUGGGGUUUCUGUGGAUCCUUUAAAGAUUAAGGCUGUAAUGAAUUGGGAGCAGCCAAAGAAUGUAUUUGUGAUUCGUAAUUUCUUGGGACUAGCAGGUUACUAUUGCCGAUUUGUGGGGAAUUUCUCAUGA